GUCAAAAAGAUUCAAAACACACCUGAAAUCCCUCUGGUUUCCCAAUUCUCACCACCCAAACCGGCGCCGUCUCCGCCGCUGCCGACGCCGACGUCGACGAAGCCGCCUCAUUCUUCCGUCAACGCCGCGGUGUCCACCUUUGUCGCCACCUCCUUCCCCCCUCUUUCUUCCGCCGCCGUCCCCUCUGAAAUUGUGAAUAGGCUAAAAUGUUUACGAAUGAUGAGAGACAAAAGGAGAGAACUGGAAAAUAUGGAAGUCCGAGACUGCAAUACCUGCAGGAACUGGUUGCACAAUUUCAGAAUGCAUCCAAUGAAGAAACAAAGGAGAAAAUUGUUGCUAAUUUGGGGAACUUUGCUUACGAUCCUUACAAUUUUACCUUUCUACGUCAGCUAAAUGUUUUGGAACUUUUUCUGGACUGCUUAACAGAGCCCAACGAGAGGCUUGUAGAGUUUGCCGUUGGAGGAAUCUGCAAUGCUUCUUCGGAUCCAACAAAUGCUUCAAUUAUCGUUCAAUGUGGUGGUAUUCCUCUUGUUGUCCAAUGCUUAUCAAGUCCUGUUAGAAACACGGUAAAUUAUGCUCUCGGAUCGCUGUACUAUCUGUGUAAUGAAACUACUGAGGAAGAAAUUCUGAAGCCAGAAAUAGUGGACGCCAUCAAAAGGUUUGCUGCAGCUGGUGCAGUUAAUGUUGGAUUCAGUAAUUUGGCUCAGGCUUUCUUAGACAGACACAUCUCUAAAUGAUUUUCGUUUUGUCAUUUAAACCGUGUGGUUUGAUCCAAAUUCCAUGUACAAAAACUAGGAUUGUUUCACUAUAUAUACCAUUUGAAUUUGUUAGUUAAUUUUAAUAGUAUGUUAUUU